AUGUCGAAGACCAUUACCAAGUUCUACAAUGUGUACGCCACAGUAGACCUGAUGAUGGCAAAACUAUUCGGCAAGUCGCCUUCCGCUGGGUCUCGCCUUCUACCCGCGAACAAAUCCAACGAUGAGCCUGCUCAAUGGCGCCUCGAUGCCGGUCCAAAGAUCGGGACCAAACAGAUUGUCAACAUGCAGGCAAACUCCGAAGCCACUUCUGAAGCCGUCAAGAAGUGGGUCAAGAGCAACGGACGUGGUACCCAUGGAACCAUUGCUAGCGCCGAGUACGACACUGAGGCUGAAGACGCUGAAGCAGAAAUGACGAGAGUACGACAAGCCCUGAUCGACGAGUCGAAGAAAAAGUUGUGA